CACAGAGUACAAAAAAGCCAAUGUUCCUGCUCCCUGACGUUCAGCUUGAACACGAUCUGGAUGUUUUUCAUGCACUCGCUCAUGUGGAUGGAUGGAAGUGGAGGUGAAAAGUGAAGUGUUUGGACUUCCUUCUCUUCCUUUUCCUUCUCCUCCUUCUUCGUCUCUGGCGUCUUUUUGGACGUGCUGUCAGGUACGGCAUUAUUCUCCGUAAAAUGGAGGGAGGUGGAUGAGUCUCCGAGGAGAGAAAGAAAGAAAGGAAGGAGGAGGAGUGAGACAGGAGAACAAAGGUUGACUUCUCUUCUCUGGCUUCUACUCUCGCUUGGACGAGGAACCUCACAUAGUGAGCUGUUAAAGUUUCCCUGAUUUUCCAGGGAGUGUUCAGUGAUGGAGGUGCUACAGUGCGAUGGCUGCGAUUUCCGUGCAGAGUCCUGCGAUGAGCUCAAGGCUCACAUUCAGGAUGUUCAUACCGUUUUCCUGCAGCCUACAGAUGUCGGGAACGAAUCGCCUCAUAGGUCAAGAUCCGAUUCCUUGAACUCCUUCAGUCACACGGAGGAGGACGACGAGGAUAUCACUAAUAAUGAAUGUGAAUUUCCACACAAGGAAACAGGCCUCAAUGCCUUCACCACAGAUUCGGGGCCCUUCUCCAGUUCGAACCAAACGAUUUACAAUCAGUCAGCCGACAAGACAACAAACCCAUUUUUUCAGUGCAAAUUUUGUGUGCGCUACUUCAGAUCAAAAUCCCUCCUCAAUGAGCAUGCUAAGAAGGUCCAUGGCAUUGAAGUAGGAGCUUAUUCAAAUGACCAUUCAAAGUCACUCGAUACCUCCAAGUCAGGUUUCAACGUUAAAGCGCAUCAUAGCAUAGAGAAGCUGUACUCCUGUCAGUAUUGUACAUAUAAAUCUCCUCGUAGAGCGAGAAUACUGAAACAUCAGAGUAUGCACCACAAAGAUAAUAUUUUGGCCCAUUCGGAUUCUCCUGUUGAAGUAGAAGCCGAAAUGGAGGUUUUGGACAUGGACUCAGAUGCCAUGUCUUCGGAAGAACAGUAUGAGGAAUCACAGGAUCUUACUGAACAUAAUGUUUUGGAAUCCAUGAUCAAAGCCCGGUCCAGAGGUGGAUUCAGCUGUGAGUGGUGUGGCUUCCAGACCUUGCAAAGACAACAGUUAUGUGAGCACAUGAUGAAGAAGCAUCGAAACAUGGUUAAGAUUAUGGUAUCGCUGCAAAAGCCCAAAGCAGAUGGAAGUGCAGGAUCUUCCAAAUCAAAUUCUCCUUCAUCACCAAGAAGCACUCCAACAUCAAACUUGAUGUCAACUGAUCUAAGUGGCAAUGAAGGCUCCUCAGCAUCUGUGAAAGGCAGUGCUUCAGUGAAGUCCCAAUCAGGGCUGUCACAUUUUCAGUAUUCCCAGAUUGCAGGAAAGGUUCCCAACAGCACAGGAUCUUCCAUACUGUCCGAGAGGUCAACUUUUGCUAUGUCAGACAAGUCACACUCAAGGGUAGAUCUGGAUACCAGCGUGCUGAAUGAUUCACAGAGCAGCUCUGAUGAUGAACUCAAUGACAUUGAUGAUCCUACUGAUACCAACUCGUUGUGUGCUGAGGAUUCUGCGAAGCUGCUUCUGUCAGAGGAAGAUAAUAAACUGCUGGAGAUGGAAGGAAUUCUGAUUGGAAGGUAUAUGAAUAGGUUCCAGUGCCCAUUCUGCUCUUUUCUGGCUAAACAUUAUAGCACUAUCUCUCAGCAUAUAGAAAACAUACACUUAGCCAGCCGAAGCACCUUGUACAAGUGUGACAAGUGUACAUUUCUUUCUACCAGUUCAGUAAAACUUGCCACACAUAAGCAAUGUCACAGUGGCUCGUCUUGUAAAUGGGACAUCAUGGACCUAACCAAUGAAAGCCAAGAUGGCCAAAUUGAAGACUCAGUCAAUGGAGGAAAUGGCAACUCUACCAUGAAUGGCCAGAAAUCCAUUGAUGUAGAAGAGGAAAAUUCUCAUCAUUGUUCACUCUGUAAUUUUUCUACAAUGACACUGAAAGGUUUACGUGUCCACCAGCAACAUAAGCACUCAUACUGUGAUGGUAUGCAACCUACAAGUCAAAAUGAUUCACUGAAUGAGCAGCAGGAUUCUGAAUCGGAAUCAUACGAUGCAUUGAACUUUGUGCAAAAAACUCAAACAUCAAUCCUUGGAUUUUCCUCCAGAAAGCACCUUAUUGGAAAGACGGCCAGAAAGUCCAUAAAUGACUUGCCUCUGGAUCUUUCCCCAGUCAAGAAACGGACAAGAAUUGAUGAAAUUGCAAAUAACCUUCAAAGUAAAAUCAGUCAAAGUCAGCAGCAAGAGGAUGUCAUUAAUCUUGAUGAUAUGGAGGAUGAGGAAGAGGAAAAUGAAAAUCCCGGCAAUGAGAAAAAAGAGAAAGAGAACUCUGAGAUUCAAAGUCGACGCUUCACCUAUAAUACGCAGCAUUUGUUCAUCAGGAAACCUGGUUGUGUUCAAACGGAGCGUGGUGUCGGCAAAAGGAAGCGUAGCUUGCAGUCAAAGUUAACAUCAAGAAACAUUCCUAUCCAAGUCACUGUUUCUGAUGAUGAGGAUAGUUUUUGUGCAGAGUCUAAAGAUAUCCAAGAUCAAAGCAGUCGAGACAGCAGAGAGACAUAUCAAGAGAGCACCGAGUACACAGAGGAACCUGGUAACCUUUUCUACUGUAAACACUGUGAGUACCAAAACAAGUCUGCUCGCAGUGUUAGCACCCAUUACCAACGUAUGCACCCCUAUAUUAAGUUUAGCUUUAAAUACAUUCUUGAUCCAGAGGAUCAGAGUGCUGUCUUCCGUUGCCUAGAGUGUUUCAUAGAAUACAACAACUUCACUGACUUACACCAGCACUAUAUGGAUCACCAUCCUGAAGCUAGCAAUGUUCUCAACUUCAACCAGCCAGAUUUGGUAUACACAUGUCGCUUUUGUUCUUACACCAGCCCAAAUGUGAGAAGCCUGAUGCCUCAUUACCAAAGAAUGCACCCCUCAGUGAAAAUCAACAAUGCCAUGAUCUUCUCAAGCUAUGUAGUUGAUCAGCCCCAGAAAGGAACUACAGAGUCACAGACACUGAGAGAAAUCUUGAAUUCAGGGCCCAAAAGCUUCACCCACUCUGCCUCAAGGGCUUCUUCCAGUCCCACCCUUAAGAACUCGAUCAAAACACCUGACUCAAAUAUGGACACUGAAGCUUUUAGAGAAAUUGUCGAUGGUAAUGUUGUGGUGUAUGAUUGUGACAUGUGCUCAUUUGCAAGCCCCAAUAUGCACUCCGUAUUGGUCCACUAUCAGAAAAAGCAUCCUGAACAGAAGGCAUCAUACUUUCGCAUACAGAAGACCAUGCGAGUCAUAUCAGUAGAUCAAGCACAAUCAUCAUCCAACUCCACAUUUACCCUGUCAAGUACUCCAAAGUCCUCAAAUGUUGUUAUGCCCUUGACUCCAGAUGAUGAGCUUUACUACUGCAAACAUUGUGUUUAUAACAACCGAUCUGUGGUAGGUGUUCUCGUUCAUUACCAAAAGCGCCAUCCAGAAAUUAAGGUGACUGCUAAAUACAUAAAGCAUGCACCUCCUACACUUGGGUUGAUGAAACUAAUGGAUGAGUUGCAGAUUGCACCUCCUAAACAGUUUCUGAAACAGUUAAGCAGCAGUGCAACUGAUGGAUCCAAUCACUUGCAUCCAAAAGGAACUGCAGAGAAGGGGGAGGGUGAGAUGCUGUUUUUCUGCCAGCACUGCGACUAUGGGAAUCGCACUGUGAAAGGUGUGUUGAUCCAUUACCAGAAGAAGCACAGAGAUGUAAAAGCAAAUGCAGAUUUGGUUCGAAGACACACAGCUGUGGUUCGCAGUCAAAGGGAAAGGGCUCAGAUGAUCCAAACAGGAAGUUCCACAUCCACUGCAACCUCAGCCACUGAUGCAGAGAAAUCCAGAGCACUUAGAGCUUUAAAGUGCAGACACUGUGUCUACACAUCACCCUACGUAUAUGCCUUGAAGAAGCAUCUUAAGAAGGAUCACCCCACUGUGAAGGCCACAGCCAUGACCAUCUUGCGCUGGGCUUAUCAAGAUGGGAUCUUGGAAGCUGGUUAUCACUGUGAAUGGUGUAUUUAUUCCCAUGCUGAGCCCAGUGGGCUGCUCAUGCAUUACCAAAGACGACACCCAGAGCACAAUGUUGAUUAUGCUUACAUGGCCAGCAAGUUGUGGGCUGGUCCUGAUACGUCCACCUCCAAGCAGGGGGGAAACUCUGAGGUAAAGCAUUACCAAUGCAGAGAUUGUGCCUUUGAGGCUUGUUCUGUUUGGGACAUCACCAACCAUUAUCAAGCUGUUCAUCCGUGGGCUAUCAAAGAUGACGAGUCUGUUCUCAUUGACAUCAUUAAAGGAAACCAUACAUCAGACAGGCUAACGUCUUCGAUGGGAAAGGGAAAUGUCUCAACAGCCAGCCCAUUUAACAGUCACCAGUCUGAUGAAGGCACUGUGGAGAUUAGCAGAUCAGCACCUGAACAUCAUCCCCACCUUUCCUUCUCCACCAGUUCCUCUAUAUCAAACAAUCCCUACCAAUGCACUGUGUGUCUGUCUGAGUACAAUAGCCUUCAUGGACUUCUGACUCACUAUGGCAAGAAACAUCCAGGCAUGAAAGUGAAGGCUGCAGAUUUUGCACAGGAAGCAGAUAUCAAUCCUAGUUCAGUUUACAAGUGCAGGCACUGUCCAUAUGUAAACUCCCGCAUCCAUGGGGUCCUCACACAUUACCAGAAACGGCAUCCAUUGGUCAAAGUCACAGCUGAAGACUUUGCUGAUGAUAUUGAGGAAGUCAAAGACUUGGUGCCAGAUGGAGAUGAAAAAUCAAAAAACCAGAGGCAGGGAUACGGUGCCUAUAGAUGCAAGAUGUGCCCUUAUACUCAUGGAACUCUUGAGAAACUGAAGAUUCAUUAUGAGAAAUAUCACAACCAGUCUGUUUCGGAUAUAUUUACGCCAACGCAUGUGCAGUCCACGGUUAGAAAAGAGGACACUGUUGCUGAAUGCAGUGCUAGCAGUGUGACUGAAGCAUCUGAAAAGUGCGAGCUUGACCAUGCCCUCUCAGAGUUUGCAAAGGGAGAGAAACAUACCGUGUUCAGAUGUCAGCUCUGCAAAUACUUCUGCUCAACCAGGAAGGGUAUCGCUCGGCACUACCGCAUCAAGCACAACAAUGUACGAGCUCAGCCCGAAGGCAAGAACAAUGUCUUUAAGUGUGCCCUCUGCUCCUACACCAAUCCCAUCCGCAAAGGUCUGGCUGCUCACUAUCAGAAACGGCAUGACAUCGAUGCUUACUACACACACUGUCUCGCUGCUUCCAAGACCUUGGGUGAGAAACCGAACAAAGUGACUUUACCUCUGGCCUCCGAAGAAGAUAAGUCAGCAAUGAGUGAGGAGCUGAGGCAAGCAGUUGACCGACGGAAGUGCUCACUGUGCUCUUUCCAGGCAUUCAGCAGGAAAAGCAUUAUUUCACACUAUGUCAAGCGCCACCCGGGGGUUUUUCCAAAAAAGCAAUCCUCCAGCAAACUCGGUCGUUACUUCACUGUGAUUUAUCCCAAGGAUCCAGAGACACCAGCCGUUAUAGAGGACGUUGAACUUGUGGAAGUAAAAUCAGAGAAUGAUGGAGAACAUAUGGAGAAUGACUUGGAAUGGCCACAGUUCAAGUGUAUGAAGUGCUCUAAGCUGACCUUUGACACCACAGACCUUCUUGUCUCGCAUUACAAUGAUUACCACAGCAACGAGCUCAAGCGGGACUUUGUCACCAUACAGAGCCCAGUGAGGGAAGGGGCUGAGCUUUACCAAUGUGCUCACUGUGAAAUCAAGUUCCUCACUCUUCCUGAGCUGAGCAUCCACCUUAUGAAGCACAAUGAGAAGUUUGAGAAAAGGACAGUGCGCCAUGAACGUAGAAAGCAGCUCCAGAACAGGCGGAAAUCCACAGAGACACUGGAGAAACAACCAGAAAACAAGACGGAUGGCUCAGCUGAAAAAGCUCCUAUUGGCUACCGAUGCAACUUUUGUGUUGAGAUUCAUCCGACGCUUAGAGCUAUUUGCAAUCACCUGAGGAAGCAUGUUCAAUACGGCGAAGUCAAAGAAGGACACGUGGAGCAGGAAGUGGUCGAAAUUUCGGACAGCGUCGCCAACGGCAACAUUGAGGAUGUGGUCACUACAGACUCUAUUCCCACGGAGACAGAGGACAGCGUGUUGGUCAGCAUGGCGACAGACAUCACAGAGAGGGUUCCGGAACAUCGGUGCGAGAUGUGCGAUCGAGUUUUCAUGUCCAUGCAGGGACUCCGAUCUCACGAACGAAGCCAUUCAGCUACAGCAAUGAUCAGCAGAGAUGACAAGUACAGUUGCCAGUACUGUCAGUUCCAGUCGGCUUUCAGGCACAAUCUGGACCGACAUGUUCAGUCUCAUCACGGACAUUACAAACCGUUCCGCUGUAAACUCUGUCCCUUUAAAUCAGCCUACCUGAGCCGUCUGAAGAGUCAUCUGCACAAAUCACAUGCAGGUGAGAACACGUAUAAGUGCAUCUCAUGUCCAUUCUCAACGAUGACGAUUAGUCAACUGAAGGAUCACUCACUGCGAGAACACGGAGAAACUCUCACGCUGCCCCGACUGAGAGCCCGAGCUAUUCUGCGCACCACACACACAAUCACACACAACGACACACAACACACACCUAGCAACGCCACCACUAAUGACCCUGUGGUGUAUUUGGAGCCACCGGAUGUUCAACAGCAGUUGAGUCAUUACCAGUUGGCGUCUCGUAAUCAGGCCCCACCUCCUCUCUUGUCGGUUUCUCCUGGGCCCUCCCCAUCAACAGCAGCAGAAACGUUAGGGGCAACUCUGUCCCGCCCUGACUCCACCCUAACCUGUGAAUUCUGUGAGUUCAGCUCGGGUUAUAUGCAGAGUCUGAGGAGACAUUACCGAGACCGCCACGGAGGGAAGAAACUCUUCAAAUGCAAAGACUGUUCCUUCUUCACCUGCUACAAGUCCACCUUCACUUUGCAUGUGGAGGCCGGACACAGUCCCACCUCUGAUGAUGGACUGAGAGAACUGCGGUGUCCUUUCUGUCUCUAUCACACCAAGUCCAAGAGUCACAUGAUCGACCAUGUCCUCCUUCACAGAGAAGAGCGAGUGAUCCCUUUGGAAGUGUCUCGCUCUAAACUGUCUCGUCACCUGGAUGGUUUGGUCUUCCGCUGUCAUAAGUGCACGUUCACAUGUUCAAGUGGCGACAGUUUGCAACAGCACAUCGACAAACACGAAGAGCCCAAACCAUAUGAGUGUCGACUGUGUUACUAUGACACAAAACACCAGCAGCAGCUUGAAGAUCACCUCCGAGACGAACACAAGGUCAUCCGUAAUUUUGAGUUGAUGGGCCGAGUGAAUCUGGAUCAGCUGGAUGUUCUGAAAGAGAAAAUAAACAGUGAAGAGGAAGAAGAUAUGAAGGAGGAAGAGGAAGAAAAGGAGGAAUUGAUGGCAAUUGAGGAUGAAGAGCAAACCGAGGAGGCAGGAAGCGGAGAAGAGGAAAAGAUGGAGGAGGAAGACGUGACAGCCACACAGGAAGAGAAUAAACAGGAAGCAGAGACGGCAGAAAUGAUGAUGCCGUGUUCUCCGAGCGCAGGAAAAAAGUUUCCAUGUGAGUUUUGUGGCCGAACGUUUUCUCUUAGUUUGGAAUGGGAACGUCAUGUUCUCCGCCACGGCAUGACUGUUAACAGCAGCAUGAGCGCUAUGAGCCCAGUUGCCUCGGUAACAAUAACAGAUGGGGGCAUUGACCAAUCAGCUAACACUACAGAAGUCGAGAGAGUGUAUCAGUCCAGCCAGUCGGAGAGUUCUGUUCCGAAUGAGGAAAAUUGAGAGACCAAAAAUGACAUAUAGAAAUGUACUGUGUUAUAAUGGUGUAUGGUUUGUUGUUGAAAAAAAAAAAUAGGCUGCUUCAUGGACACUUGAUUUUAAAAAGUGAGGAAAAAAAGCAAAACUGUUCAUGGUUUUGAAGCAUUGUUAGAUUUUAAGUGUUAAACAUGGGUUCUAUAGGUUGUGUUACAUCCUAGCUGUGUGUUAAAAUCGCUGAUCCUUUAAAAAGUGUGACUUGGUCCCAUAGGACAGAUGCUAAUAAUAUAUUGGUAACCAAUAGUGACGAAUCUGUAAGAACUCUGUUCAGGUCAAAUAAACACUUCCUGUAAAGUGGUGUGUUAAAAAUGUCCCCCAGUUUGCUUUCGUUCUGAAUGCCCAAUAUAUUAAUGAUAAAAUGCUAAAACUAUUCAAACUUUGAAACAUGCACUGGGAGAAAUAAGAAGAAUGAUUCAUUCCACUGGAAUUGUAUAAAUGGAACAGUUUUUGUUUCCCCAGCACCCCAUGGAAGAUUAAUAUCAAUAAAAUUGUGUGUGAAUUUUCUCCAGAAGAUACUUAAUUGGUCCAAGUAUAGGAUUCAACAUUAUGAUGAUGAUGAUGAUGAUGAUAUUUAUUUAUUUAUUUAUGAUAUUAUGGCUAUAUUGGUCUCUAUUUUGUCCCCAAAUAAAUUAAUUAUACUUUAAAAUAAUUUUUCUUUUUUAUGUUGUUUUUUGUUUGUUUGUUUUUUAGCAAAUACUUAGUGGAUUGGGUUUUAUAUUUUGUAGCCACAUAAUAUUUGUCCAUACUGACAAAAAUUUAAUUGUAUUUUAUUAUAUUAUAAAAAUAUAUUUUAAAGAAGAAAUUGCUGGCUGUGUUAAACACCAAUAAGCAUGUCUGUAAUAUAUUUUUAUUUACUUAUUUGGCACAUGUAUCAACAUAAAAGACAGAAUUGUUAUUGUAUAUGUUCAGAACACUAAAUUGCAGGGUUUUUAGGCAUUUAAAUAUGUUAUUACUACUUCAUUUCUGGGAGCCAAAAUUCAUGUGUAUUCUUUUUCUUAGAACUCUCUUAUAAACCCAGUGAAAUUAUUUCUACUGCAGCUCAAAAACACCGAGCUUUUUACAGCUUCAGGACACUAAAAUGACAGAUAUCCCUUAUUGAUGAUUCUGUAACACCGGACACACAGAUCGUGUGAUUUGACCUGAACGCUGACUUACAGAUUCAAUAUUUUUUUACAUUUUUAGCCUUGUGUUAAUCUUUAAUCCUGUAGCUGAAUUCCAUCAGGAAUAGUUGCCAUCUUAUUUGUAUCAGACGUUUGUUGAUUUUAUUUUUAUUUAAUUUUUUUUUUAGUAUAUGGACAAACACUGGGCCCCAAAGUUUUGUAGCAAAUUGCUACUGUAGUUUUAUUCUAUUUUUAAUUCUAAUUUUAUUUAGUUUCUGCUUUUAAGGCAUGUUCCUGCACUCCCUCAUGUAUGAAAGCAAAACUAAAAAAAACCAAAAAAAAAAAAACAUGUUUAUCUAAUAACUUAAAGCACCUUCAACUCCAUGGCUCCAUUUUCUUUAUGCAUGAUUACAGGAAUCAAGAACUGAUGAAGAGUAGCAUUUUGGGUUUAGCUAUUUUAUAUCGAGCAGCUCGUCCCAACAAGCAAUCACGCCAAUAAAAAAAAAUUGUUUUAUUUGAAUAAUUGUUUUUAUGCUUCUCCUUAAAGGAACAAUGAAUAGAUUGUAUGCGAUGAAAGUUGCUGCUCAAAAACCCUGAAGCCUUAUUAUUAUUAUUAUUAUUAUUAUUAUUAUUGAAGUCAUUUUGCUCCGUUUCUUUCUAAACACAAUUUGGUGCAGUCACAGUACAAUACAAUUACGUCCCAAAGUAAGGGAACAUUUUUUGGGGCAGUGAGAUUAAUUUUGUCCUGUUCUACAGCAAUCCCAUAAUUCUCAGAGAAUUCUCAGAAUAAAUUAGUAACUUUUUUGAAACAAAAUAUUGUAAUAAUUGACUCUGUAUUUAAUGUUUUUAUCAUAGUAUUACACAAUUACCUGCAUAAUAAUAGUUUAAUUUCAGCACGUCUGUGUGCAAGCAAGCAAAAAUAAUUUAUAAAAAUAGUUUAGAAUUCAUCACAUUUUUGAUAACGAAACAGAAAUCAUCAGGAGCUGUGACAUCACUGAUGAGGAAAAAAAAACAACACCUACAUGAUUAUCUUUCUUGCCUUGUCUGAUUAGCAGGGAAGGAGAAUCCAUGUGUAUUCUGGGUAAUCUGCUUUUUUCUUUUUUUCCUUUCUUUCAUUUAACAUAAGCAUCAUGUCAAGUGUUUGGGAAUAUGGUGGGGGUUUUGUGUCGUCCAUAUUUAACAAAAAAAAAAACGUUAUUUUGUGUGGUUAUAGGAAAUACUUUUCUUUUUCUACCUUAAAAAAAGAAAAUAAAUAGUUUCUUUCUUUAUAAGCCUAAAAGUUUGUAAAAGACAGAAACCCGUUAAAUUCUGAACACACUGGAUUGUUGUACAUAUGAUUUAGUUUUGUUUGUUUGUUUGUUUGUUUUGGAGUUAGUUGGACAGUAGCUCCUCCAUCUCGCCUUCUUCCUGUGAAACCCGUGAUGUUGACUAGAAGUUUGUUGUUUACACUUUGAUUUCUGGAUAUUCUGUAAAUAUUGUAAUUCAUUGGGUUUUUUUUAACUUGUUAAUAAAGUUAUCAGAUAACAAGAAA